AUGACCCAAAACAAGACUAUCGUAUUCGAUGUGGUGGGCACGCUCGUGUCGUUUGAGCACCUCUUCGAUGCAAUCGACGCGCGCCUAGGCGAUAGGCUGAAGGCACGCGGCAUCCAGCCUAAGCUGCUGUGCUGCUGUUGGAUGGAGAUGGCCGAGCGCGAGUAUACCUACCUGUCGCUGUCUGGGCGCUACCUCGUCUUCUACAAAGUCUUCGAGGCUCUGUUCUACCGUACGCUAUGGUACGCCGGCGUGGAGGAUCCGCGCGCCUUUGCCAGCCCGGACGACGUUGCCUACCUGAUCGGCGAGUGGAAGCGCAUGGAGCUUCGCGACGGCGCCGCCGAGUGUAUCCGGAAGCUCCGCGACGCCGGCUUCACAAUCUACUGCUUCACCGCGGGCGACGUGCCGCGCGUGACGGGCUACUUCCAGCGCGCGGGCGUCGACAUGCCUGCCGACCAUGUGCUCUCGUGCGACACCGCAGGCCUCGCCAAGCCCACCCUCGACGCCUACCGCCCCAUCCUCGCCCGGCUCACCACUGACCAAGGGAAGCCCUGGUUCGCUGCCGCGCACCUGUGGGACGCAUCAGCGGCUAAGGCCGGAGGAUUCAACGCAGCUUACUGCACCGCGCUCGAGGGCGAGAACCUGUCUGAGAUCUUCGGCCAGAUGGACGUGGUGGCCGACACGCUGCCAGACAUGGCGGACAAGGUUAUUGCUGAAUCGAGAAAGUGA